UAAUGACAGUUUAGUAGAAAAGAAAGAGGAGGAAAUUAUUUUCGUAUUUUGAGAUUUAUAAUCCAGUUUAAUCCUUCUCUUGUUUUAAAAAAUCUAAAUAAAAUCAAAUAUAAACAUGGCUCCAAAAGCUGGUGGUGAUUCUGCCAAAGUUAAUUCGGCAGUGUAUAAAGAUAAAAGUAAACCAACUGAUAUACGUCUAAGCAAUAUAAAUGCUGCAAAAGCUGUGUCCGAUGCGAUUCGUACAAGCUUGGGACCCCGUGGGAUGGAUAAAAUGAUUCAAGCUUCGAAUGGAGAAGUUACCAUUACUAAUGAUGGAGCUACAAUUCUGAAACAAAUGAGUGUUAUACACCCAGCAGCUAAAAUGUUGGUUGAGUUAUCUCGGGCCCAGGAUGUUGAAGCUGGUGAUGGCACAACAUCAGUUGUGGUGAUUGCCGGAGCAUUGCUUGAUGCUUCUGAGAAACUCCUGCAAAAGGGAAUCCAUCCAACUGUUAUUUCAGAUGGUUUUCAUAAGGCUUUACAAAUUGCACUGCAGGUAGUGGAAGGUAUGUCAACACCAGUUGACCUGAACAAUGAAGAUGUACUUCUGAAGGCGGCUGCUACUUCGCUCAACUCAAAGGUUGUCUCACAGCAUUCAACCAUUCUUGCUCCAAUUGCAGUACAGGCUAUUCGUGCAGUGAUGGAACCAAUCCCUGGUGGUCCCGGCGCCCGUGUGGACCUCCGCGACGUGAAAGUGAUCGAGCGCAUCGGUGGGACAGUGGAAGACACAGAAUUAGUACAAGGUUUAGUCAUACCGCACCGCCCGUCCAAUGUCAAUGGACCACAUCGCGUCGAGAAGGCUAAAGUCGGACUUAUCCAGUUCUGCAUUUCACCGCCUAAAACAGAUAUGGAUCACAAUGUGAUUGUAUCAGACUACGCCGCUAUGGACCGUGUGUUGAAGGAAGAACGCCAAUACAUUUUGAAUAUUGUGAAACAAAUUAAGAAGGCUGGAUGUAAUGUACUUCUGGUACAGAAGUCCAUAUUAAGAGAUGCUCUCAGUGACUUGGCCGUCCAUUUCUUAGAUAAGAUUAAGACAAUGGUCAUUAAGGACAUUGAGCGUGAAGAUAUAGAGUUUGUGUGCAAGACACUUGGAUGCAGACCCAUUGCUUCCCUUGAUCAUUUCACUGCUGAGAACUUGGUCAAUGUUGAUUUGGUAGAGGAAGUAAGCGAGCCUAGCGGCAAAUUUGUUAAGAUGACGGGGUGCAGCGGCGGCGGGCACACGGUGUCGGUGGUGGUGCGCGGGUCGAGUGGCGCGGUGGUGGCGGAGGCGGGCCGCUCGCUGCACGACGCGCUGUGCGCCGUGCGCUGCGUGGCGCGCCGGCCCGCGCUGCUGCCCGGCGGCGGCGCGCCCGAGGCCGCCGCCGCCGCCGCGCUGGCUCACGCCGCCAUCGCCGCGCCCGGCGCCGACCACUACUGCCUUAGAGCCUACGCUGAUGCUUUGGAAGUCGUGCCAUCUACUCUAGCCGAGAACGCCGGUUUGAACCCGAUCGAGACGGUGACGGAGCUGCGCGCGGCGCACGCGGCGGGCGGCAGCGGCGCCGGCGUGAACGUGCGGCGCGGGCGCGUCACCGACAUGCGGCAGGAGAGCGUGCUGCAGCCGCUGCACGUGUCCGCCUCCGCGCUCGCGCUCGCCACAGAGACCGUGCGCGCCAUACUCAAGAUCGACGAUAUUGUAAACACGGUAAAUUAAUAGGGUUUGGAUGCCGCAUGGAAGAUUAAUAAAGUAUUAAUUUACAUUUCACAAUUACAUUGUCACAUGUAUUGAAGUUUAAUAUGAAACUGUGUUAAUCUUAUUAUAAUGGUCAGUAUCAUUUAGUUUAAAAAAAAAAAUUCAUUAAAAUAGAAUUGAAAUGCUGGCCAUCACUCUAACAUGUACUGUAAUAUUGAUUUAAUUUUAAUAUGUUGCUUAAUGCUACUGAAAUAAAAGUAAUAAAAUUCAAUAAGAAUUUA